AUGUCUGAUCUCCCAAUCCCUCUAUGGCUGGAUUGUGAUCCCGGUCACGAUGAUGCCUUUGCCAUUCUCGUUGCUGCACAUCAUCCCUCCUUGCACCUGCUAGGGAUCACCACAGUCCACGGCAACUCGUCCCUGGAAAACACCACUGUCAAUGCCACAAGGAUCCUGGAAGCCAUCGGUCGACCAGAGAUUCCUGUCUAUCCUGGUAAUUCGAAACCCUUCUGCCGACCGGCCAUUCAUGCUCCGGAUAUCCAUGGCGACUCCGGAAUUGACGGAACCGAGCUCCUACCCAAACCGAGUCGGUCUCCCGUGACGGAUAAAAACCCGAUUCUAGCGAUGCGAGAUGCCCUCUUGGCGCAGCCCAAAGACACGGCCUGGGUCAUCGCAACGGGGGCCCUGACGAAUGUCGCAUUGCUUUUUGCAACUUUCCCUGAAGUAGCAGAGCACAUCCACGGUCUGAGUAUCAUGGGCGGCGGCGUGGGCGAGGGAUUCACCGAUGCUCCCAUGAGCCGGCUCAAGGGCCAAGAGACCAGGAUUGGGAACGUCACGCCGUUGGCGGAAUUCAACAUCUACUGCGAUCCUGAAGGGUCUCAAUCCAUCUUCAGCAAUCAGGUCCUCGCUUCCAAAACCACACUCAUCACUCUAGACUUAACCCAUCAAGUCCUCGCAUCGCCAACCAUCCAGACUCGCAUCUUGCACGGCGGAGCCGACGCAUCCCCACCACCAACCGCCCUUCGACAGAUGCUAUUCGACUUACUUAUAUUCUUCGCGUCCACGUACGAAAGAGUGUUUGGUCUCACCAACGGCCCUCCAUUGCAUGACCCUCUUGCCGUUGCUGUGAUACUGUCGAAUCUCAAUCCGGAAUUCACAGCCCGGCAUCCAAAACAGGCAUUACAGUUCGACGACCGCGAUGGAGAGCGGUUUGCUGUCUCUGUCAUCACCGAUGGGCUCCACGGGACAGAUGUCGAACUCGUCGGCCAGCUGGGUCGCUCCGUUGUCGCUCCCACCAUGCAGGGUGUUGCUAUUCCCCGCGGUGUGGAUCUCGAUGCGUUCUGGAACCUCAUUCUGGAUUGUCUCCAACGAGCUGAUAGAUGUAACGCUGCACGGAAGACCUGA